CGCCAUCUCACUGGUAGUCAUUCGCUUUUUCUGCCAUUCAUUUUCCUCCGGUUUUUCUUGUUCGGUAAACAUAGAGAUUUAAUUGUUUAUUUUGCCAUGGCUAAUGUUUCUUAUUUAGUUGCUACAAUUGGAGCUAUUGUAGCUAUAAUUCAUUCGUCUUUGCAUAAAAUUGAAGAAGGUCAUGUUGGUGUAUAUUAUCGUGGAGGAGCUUUGCUCAAGGAUACAUCCCAUCCUGGUUAUCAUAUGAUGGUUCCAUUCAUUACCUCAUUCCGAUCAAUUCAAGUAACCUUACAAACAGAUGAAGUGAAAAAUGUUCCUUGUGGUACUAGCGGUGGAGUAAUGAUUUACUUUGAUAGAAUCGAAGUUGUGAAUCUUUUGCGAGCUGACGCUGUAUACGAUGUUGUAAAAAAUUACACUGCUGACUAUGACAAGGCCUUAAUUUUCAACAAAGUACACCACGAACUCAAUCAAUUCUGUAGUAUUCACAGUCUGCAAGAAGUUUACAUUGAUCUGUUUGACCAAAUAGACGAAAAUUUGAAGACUGCAUUGCAAGUUGAUCUCGUCAAUAUGGCUCCUGGGCUAUACAUACUUGCAGUUCGAGUUACCAAGCCCAAAAUACCCGAAACAAUUAGACAAAAUUAUGAAAAGAUGGAAGGAGAAAAAACAAAGUUGCUAAUAGCUCAUCAAAGACAGAAGGUUGUUGAGAAAGACGCUGAAACUGAGCGGAAAAAGGCUCUCAUUGAAGCUGAAAAAGUGGCUAGUGUAUCCAAAAUUCAAUUCGAACAGAAAAUUAUGGAAAAGGAAUCUUUGAAAACGAUGGCUUCUAUUGAAGACGAAAUGUACAUAGAUCGGCAAAAGAUGAGAGCAGAUGCAGAGUACUAUGCUAUUGAAAAGAAGGCUAGAGCAAAUCAAUUGUUAUUUACCCCUGAAUAUAUGCAAAUUAAAAAGUACGAAUCAAUUGCAGCAAACACUAAAAUCUACUUUGGUAAUAGCUUACCUCACAUGUUUGUGGAUGGAACUAGUGGAGAUAAAAUAAAGGCAGCCGAAAACCUGCAAGCAGCUAAUGAGUUUGAUAAAGAAUCUUCUGAUUCUUAGUUAUUUGUAAUCAGUAAUUUUUCAAAUUUUUGGUUAAAUUAUGUAAAAUAUUGGAUAAUAAAAAACAAUGUUUAUUUGGAA